AUGACCAAGGCCGGCUCCGUCCACGAGGCCGUCGAGCCCGCCUCGCCCGCCGAGAAACCCCGGAUGUACGCCUCCACCUCGACCGUGCCCUACGCCGACCAGGUGCCGCACGAGAUGAUGGAGGGCCUGGCGCCCAACGGCGAGGCCGACUACAUCCGCGCCCACAUCAACGCCAUGUCCGAGGACGAGGCGCUCGCCAUCCUCCACGAGUCGCUCGACUUCCACUCGGACGACUGGAACUUUCCCGCCGACAUGCGCGCGCGCAUGCACAAGUGCCUCCAGGGGCCCAAGGUCUACGGCGAGUGGUACGACAGGGACCUCCGCGUCGACGCCGUCAUGAUGAAGUACUCGUCGCCGUAUCCGGGUGUGCGCGCCGUCGCGAGCCCGCUCGAUGAUGAGAAUGUGCCCGUCGAGACGAUUCGCGCGUAUUUUCUGGGCGUGGGCUGGGCGAUUAUCGGAACGUUUAUGGCGACAUUUUUUAACAGUCGCUUUCCGGGUAUUGGUCUCGGUAGCGCCGUCAUCCAAAUCCUGCUCUACCCCUGCGCCAAGGCUCUCGAAGCCGUGCUGCCCGACUGGGGCUUCACGGCCUUUGGCACGCGGCACUCGCUGAACCCGGGGCCGUGGACGUUCAAGGAGCAAAUGUUCUCGACCAUUUGCUACAACAUUGCCAUCUACAGCACCAACGCGUACACGAUGAUCCUGGUGCAGCGCUCGCCCGUCUUCUACGGGCUCGCGUUUGUCGACUUUGGCUACCAGCUGCUGCUGACGCUCUUUGUGCAGCUCAUGGGCAUGGGCUUCGCCGGGUACCUGCGGCGGUUCAGCGUGUACCCGGUCAAGGCGCUGUGGCCGACGCUGCUGCCCAUCAUCGCCAUGAACCGGGCGCUGACGACGCCGGAGCCGCGCGAGACCAUCAACGGCUGGACCAUUUCGCGGUACCGCUUCUUCUUCGUGUGCGCCGUCGCCAUGUUCGUCUACUACUGGAUCCCCGGCUACCUCUUCACCGCGCUGUCCACGUUCAACUGGAUGACGUGGAUCGCGCCGGAGAACCUGACGCUCGCCAUCCUCACCGGCUCCCGCCUCGGGCUCGGCCUCUUCAACCCGCUCACCACAUUUGACUGGAACGUGGCCACGUCGUCGUACGCCGCGCUCGCGCAGCCCUUCUUCGCCACCUGCACCAUGUACCUCAGCGCCAUCCUCGGCGGCCUCGUCAUCCUCGCCAUCUACUACAGCAACAUGUACAACACGGCGUACCUGCCCAUCAACUCGGCCGCCGCCUUUGCCAACGACGGCUCCAUCUUUGACGUGAAGAAAGUCGUCGUCGACAACAAGCUCGACCCCGCCAAGCUGCAGGCGUACUCGCUGCCGUUCUACUCGGCCGGCUACGUGCUCACCGUCGGCGCCAACUUUGCCUUUUACCCCGUCUACUUCUUCUACAUCAUGGUCAACCAGUGGAAGACCAUGUCCAAGGCCUACGCCGACUUCUACCGCGGCCUGCGCCACGGCCGCGCCAGCUACGACGCCGACGCCAUGGACGUGCACAACCGCGCCAUGCUGCAGUACGACGAGGUGCCCGACUGGUGGUUCCUCGCCAUCCUCGCCGGCACCGUCGCCCUCUCCGUCGUCUGGAUCCAAAUCUACCCGCUCGGCAUCCCCGUCUGGCUCGUCUUCCUGCUCAUCGCCAUCAACCUCGUCUUCGCCGUCCCGCUCUCCUUCCUGUCCGCCACCACCGGCACCAACCUCGGGCUCGGCGCCCUCAUCCAAAUCAUCACCGGCUACCUGCUGCCCAGCAACCCCAACGCCUUCCUCUUCUCCCAGGCCCUCGGCUCCUGGGCCCUGGCCGGCUACGGCGACAACUACGUCCAGGACCAGAAGAUGGCCCACUACUGCAAGAUUGCGCCCCGCGCCGUCUUCCGCUCCCAGAUCGGCACCAUUGUCAUCACCUGCUUCGUCGCCGUCGGCACCCAAAACUUCAUCCUCACCAGCGUCCCCGGCCUCUGCACCGAGAAGCAGCCCUCGCAGUUCACCUGCAUGGGCGACGGCCACCCCAUGUACGCCAGCUCGCUCAUGUGGGGGCUGCUCGGCUCCGAGCGCAUGUUUGGCUCGCUCUAUCCGCUCUUCAAGUGGUGCUUCCUCAUGGGCUUCGGCAUCGCCAUGGUCUUCCUCCUCGCGCAGGGCUACGGACCCAAGUACCUUCCCGGCGUCAAGGAGAAGCUGCGGACCAGGCUUCGCCCGAAUACGUUUGCCAUGCUGGACCGCACCCUGUUCCCGUUUGUGGCCUCGCUGCUCUGGCUGAACCCGGUCCUCAUCAUCCAGGGCAUUCAGCACUGGGCGCCGUCCAACCUGAGCUACAAGACGCCGGGCUUCAUCCUGUCGUACAUCUUCAUGUACUGGCUGCCGCGUCACCGCCUCGCCUGGUGGGCCAAGUACAACUAUGUUCUCUCGGCAGCCUUGACGGCCGGUCUUGCUGUCAGUGCGCUCAUCAUGUUCUUUGCCAUUGGCUAUCACCCGCAUCCGCUCAAAUGGUGGGGGAACACUGUCAGUGGUGCCGGUGUCGACGGGAGCAACAAGGGCAUCCUGCCGAUCCCUUCACGUGGAUACUUUGGACCUGAAAGGGGGACGUUUGGCUAG